AAGAAGAGGCGGGACCAGGUGGAUGGAUGACUGGAGUUUCCCUUGCGGUCUGAAGAUUAAUGGAAGAGGUCUGUUGAUCUAAAGAAUCGACUAUCAGGUGGUCUGUCCCAGGAUUUUGUUGCACCUCACGACUGAUCAAGAAACGAAUGGAACCAUAUCAAUAUAAAUAGUCGACUGCAGGAAAAACGAGUCAACCGGAUAUAAAUUCUCUCACCUAAAUAUCAACUGACAAGGCCUGAGACAGCACCUGGUUUAUUAAGGCCAAGAUCCGAAAUGCUAACGUUAACUUGCUAGUUAAAAACAAAAAAACAUCUUUCGACGAUUUGCAUCGGGACCGGAUAUUGGAGAAAAUUACGCGGCUUCUGGAAUAAAGAAGAAACCGAGUGACACCAGCAGGAUUCGUCGGUGCUGUGUUGGAAAUUUGUAUGCUAACGUCAGUAAGCUGAUGUCCGCUGGCUAUCUCCGCGAGCUAAGGCGCUAGCUUAGCUAACAUCAGCAGUUAGUUUUAGCUGAAGACUUGGAGACGCGCUCUCUCAACUGGACUUUUUCCGAACUCACAAUUCAACAAAAAACUGCUGGAGGAAAAUUUUGUCACCUGGGCUUUCUAAUAAUGAUAGCUGUCAGCUAGAAGCCAGCUGUCAACUUCAUUGAGUCCUACGACUUCGUUAGCGGAGCACGUUAACUAGGCGACUUCUAAGAAAAAGUCAUUCGGAGCCAAGAGACCCCACCAUCAGACUGCAAUCAUGGGCAACACGCCCACCGCGAAGAAGGGCAAUGAAAUGGAAAGUGUGAAGGAGUUUCUUGCCAAAGCCAAAGAAGAUUUCCUGAAAAAAUGGGAGAAUCCAGCUCAGCAAACUGCAGCAUUGGAUCACUUUGAGCGUUUGAAGACCUUAGGCACUGGGUCAUUUGGGCGCGUCAUGUUGGUUAAACACAAAGAGACAGGACAGCAUUUUGCCAUGAAGAUACUUGACAAACAAAAGGUAGUGAAACUGAAGCAGAUAGAACACACACUGAACGAGAAACGUAUCCUGCAAGCUGUCAAUUUCCCCUUCCUGGUGCGACUGGAACACUCGUUUAAGGAUAACAGUAAUCUGUAUAUGGUGAUGGAGUACGUGCCUGGGGGGGAAAUGUUCUCACAUUUAAGGAGGAUUGGUAGAUUUAGUGAACCACACGCCCGCUUCUACGCAGCCCAGAUUGUACUGACCUUUGAAUACCUUCACUCCCUGGAUCUCAUCUACCGAGAUCUGAAGCCAGAGAACCUCCUGAUUGAUCAGCAGGGCUACAUACAGGUAACAGAUUUCGGGUUUGCAAAAAGAGUGAAAGGCCGAACCUGGACGCUUUGUGGGACUCCAGAGUACCUGGCGCCAGAGAUCAUCCUCAGUAAAGGUUACAAUAAGGCAGUGGACUGGUGGGCUCUGGGGGUUCUGAUAUAUGAGAUGGCUGCUGGUUACCCUCCCUUCUUCGCGGACCAGCCCAUUCAGAUUUAUGAAAAGAUUGUAUCGGGGAAGGUUCGUUUCCCGUCCCACUUCAGCUCAGACCUGAAGGAUCUGUUGAGAAAUUUGCUGCAGGUGGACCUGACCAAACGCUUCGGCAACCUCAGGAACGGAGUCAACGAUAUCAAGGGUCACAAGUGGUUUGCUACCACAGAUUGGAUUGCCAUCUACCAGAGGAAGGUGGAAGCUCCUUUUAUCCCAAAGUGCAAAGGUCCUGGUGAUACGAGCAACUUCGAUGACUACGAAGAAGAGGAAAUCCGAGUUUCCAUCACAGAGAAGUGUGCAAAGGAGUUUGCAGAGUUUUAGACCCCAACCACGAGUAGCAGAGUGAGGGACAGAGAUUUAGAAAGUGAACGGGGAUCCGAAUACAGGAAACACUAGGUUGGACUGACAACUUGCUCAUUUGUAAUGAGGAAAACAAUGUAAAAUCAUCCUCCACCCCAGCUUCCCUACUUUCCUUCCCCCCCC